AUGAUUGAAGCCCAAAAUGAGAGGAAAAGAGAAAACCAGACCACCUGGCUGAUCCUGGUCGGCUUUGGGGAACUGCAACACCUGGGCUUCCUCCCCUUCACCUUCUUUUUGGCCAUUUAUGUGGUGACAGUGGGGGGCAACGCCCUCAUCGUGCUGGCUGUGGCCUCCAGUCGGACACUCCACACACCCAUGUAUUUCUUCCUCUGCCACUUCUCCCUGCUGGAGAUUGGCUAUACCUCCAACAUCAUGCCUCAGCUGCUGUGGAGCUUCCUGGAAGGGAGGGAAACCAUCUCACUGGUCAGCUGUCUGGUCCAGUUCUACGUGUUUGCCUCACUGGCUGCCGUUGAGUGCCUCCUGCUCUCUGGUAUGUCCUAUGACCGUUACCUGGCCAUCUGCCACCCGCUUCGCUACCCCGCCCUGAUGAGCACCUGGUUGUGUGGCUGCCUGGCUGCUGGAGCCUGGGUCAGUGGCUUUUCUUUCUCUGCCUUCACUCUGGCCUUGGCAGCCCCUCUGCCCCUCUGCCCUGGCCACAGGGAGAUCGACCACUACUUCUGCGACUUUGCUCCCGUUGUAGGGCUGUUCUGUAGGGAUGUGGGGAUCAUGUGGGGAGCCGGAGUGAGCAUCUCAGGCUUUCUGACGCUGGCCCCCUUCCUGUUGAUUAUGGCGUCCUAUGCCUUCAUCUUGAGGACUGUGCUGCAAAUACCUUCAGGCCAUGGUAGGCAGAAAGCCUUCUCCACCUGUUCCUCCCACCUCACCGUGGUCAGGGUGUUUUAUGGCACCCUCAUUGUGGUCUAUAUAGCCCCAACAGACCACAUGGCCCCCUUGCUCCGAAAGGCCUUCUCUGUCCUUUACACUGUAUUCACCCCUAUGGUCAACCCCAUCAUCUACAGCCUCAAGAACCAAGAGGUAAAGGGGGCCCUUCACAGGCUCUGGGGAAAGCUUAUCCCAAGACAUACUCCACUGAGAGGGAUAGGGCAGCUGUUGACUUUUUCCUGGACUCCAGCUUAG